CAUCCUUAACUUUUAGGAGAUUCAGUGGAGUUUUUUUUUCUUUGUUUUUUUUUCUUCUUUGUUUUGAUAUUAAUCCCUCAGUGAGUGGUCUGGUGUCAUGGCUCCCUGGGUGGUCUGGGUCCUGGUCGCGCUGUCCGGUGUGCUGAAUGUGCGCUCCUGCUGGGCUUAUACCUGUCCUCCCAUCUGCCGCUGUAGCACCGACACUAUCCAGUGCAACAGAGACACUCAGCUGGCCUCCCGGUCAGGAGCAACAUCCGUGCCUCGACUAAGACUCACUCAUCUGUCCUUGAAAGAAGUUCCCAGUCAUGCCUUCAAGGAGCUGAUCAACAUAACAAUAAUCGAGAUUUCCCAAAGCGACUGCAUCACACAGAUACGGAGACAGGCGUUCCUCUCCCUCCACAGCCUGGCUCAAAUCUCUUUGCAGAAUAUUAACAGUCUGAGGAUCAUUGAGAAAGGUGCCUUCACUGACCUGCCCAAACUGGAAUAUUUGAGCAUCUCAAACACAGGGAUGAUACACUUCCCUGACUUCACAACUAUCUCCUCCUUGGUGCCCAAUAUUAUCCUAGAAAUGGCAGACAACAUGAGGAUCGACACCAUUCCUGCCAAUUCUUUCCAGGGUAUCACAGAGGAGUACGUUGACAUGAACCUGGUUAGAAAUGGUUUCAAGGAAAUAAAAUCCCACGCGUUCAAUGGAACCAAGCUCAACACAUUAAUUUUAAGAGACAACAAGUUUCUCAGUAUCAUUCAAGAAGAUGCUUUCAAAGGAGCCUCAGGUCCAAAUUCUCUGGAUGUUUCCUCCACAGCGUUGAUUUCCCUCCCCCCUAAAGGACUGAGGCAGGUGAGGUUUCUGAGAGCUGACUCUGCUUUCGCCAUGAAGAGUCUCCCUCCACUGGAGAGCCUGGCCGAGCUGCUGGAGGCUGAGCUCACGUACCCAAGCCACUGCUGCGCCUUCCACACAUGGCGUCGCAAACAAAGGGAAAAUGCCUUGAAGAACUUCUCAAAGUUGUGUGAUCUCAGCAAAAUACAAAUGGAGCCCACUGCAGAUGGUGUGAACGAUAUUAACUACAUCAACUUCCAGUACUCAGACCUGGAACUGGAUUGUUUCAACGACCCCUUUGUCAAGUGCACGCCAAACCCGGAUGCUUUUAACCCUUGCGAGGACCUGCUGGGCUUUCGCUUCCUGCGCUGUCUCACCUGGAUAAUCACAAUGUUUGCUGUGACCGGUAACCUGGCUGUGCUGGCCAUCCUCCUCAUUAGCCACCAUAAGCUAACCAUCUCCCGAUUCCUCAUGUGUAACCUGGCCUUUGCUGACUUGUGCAUGGGACUCUACCUGAUGCUCAUCGCCUUCAUGGAUCACCACUCCCGUCACAAGUACUACAACCAUGCCACUGAAUGGCAAACAGGCCCGGGAUGUGGCAUAGCAGGGUUUUUGACCGUGUUUUCCAGUGAGCUCUCAGUAUAUACACUGACUGUGAUUAGCCUUGAACGCUGGCACACCAUCACCAAUGCCAUGCAUGUAAACAAGAGGCUGCGGAUGCACCAUGUGACAGCCAUGAUGGCAGCAGGCUGGGGCUUCUCUCUGCUAGUUGCCCUGCUCCCUCUUGUGGGGGUCAGCAGCUACAGCAAAGUGAGCAUCUGCCUUCCCAUGGACAUCGAUACACUGGGCUCUCAGGUUUAUGUGGUGGUUGUGCUCAUUCUCAAUGUUGUCGCUUUCCUGGUGGUCUGUUACUGUUACAUAUGCAUUUAUCUCAGUGUCCACAAUCCAGAGCACUCUGCACGCCACGGAGAUACUAAGAUUGCUAAACGCAUGGCUGUGCUCAUUUUCACUGACUUCAUUUGUAUGGCGCCCAUCUCCUUCUUCGCCAUCUCUGCGGCCCUGCGGAUGCCCCUCAUCACAGUAUCUCACUCAAAGAUCUUGCUCAUCCUUUUUUAUCCCAUCAACUCUCUCUGCAACCCUUUCUUGUACACCAUCUUCACGCGGGCCUUCAGGAAGGACGUGUGCCGGCUGUUGACUCGUUGCGGCUUCUGUCACACAAAAUCUGACUUUUACAGGUCACAGAUUCUGGCUUCACACCUCACCCGUAAACAAAAAGUGUCCCCCAGUAAACCUCACUCACUUAGGUUCUAUUCCUAUAUUAAAAGGAAAGGUUGCUUUCUAAACAAGGGGACCACAUGAUCAAUAACACAAAUAAUUUUAUUAUAAUUAUUUUAUCUGUCAAAUGUAUAAUUUCUUCUGAGUCUAGGUCAGGGUGUCAGUCUUGUACAUACCUCAGAUCAGAUUUGAACUGGGUUUGAUUACAAAGUGGGAAUUUCAUACUUCAGGGCCAAGAGACCUCAAAUUGAAGACAACAGGUGCUGCAGCCUCCAUUUCUGCACAGGUAACGUGGUGCAGUACAAAGAUGCAGAUGGGUGGAGCGGGAAUGGAGAACAAAUAAACAGGGCAGUUUUGUUUUUUGCAAAGUUUACCUUUACUGAUACGCUUUAGGUUAUUUGUUAUUAAGAUCAAACUACAUAAAACAGAACUGGUGUAAGAUGUUCAAAGAAGAGACAUUUAGUUCCAUAGAAGAUUUAGUAGUAGAGGUUAUUUAUUUUUCUAGCCAUAUUAUGGUUGAAACUUUAAGCUUGAAUAUAAGGUUUGAAGUAAAUCUGAUCAAAUGGAAGUCUUUGUAUUAGCUUGUCUGUUCAGGUUUUUCAAUCUAAUGAGCGUUGGUGCCAUCUAUUGGGUUGUUGUACUCAGGAGACAUUUAGCCUGAGAGGCUUGAAGACUGCGGACAUGCUCUAGCAGCCACAGGAAACCAGUAAAAACUGGGACCUGGUCCACAACAAACAAUUAGUGCUGUUUAAAAUGUCCCAGGUUUUUACAAUAAAACAUUCUAAUUUUAAAAA